CAAACCACAGAACCUCCCGCCCAUUUUCGUUCUCUCUUCAAUUUUCCCACUCUCGAGUCGCCGGAAGAACUCGCGUUCCCAAUUCUCUCCUGCUCCUCGAAUCGCCUUCUUCUGCGCCAGGAACCUCCAUGAAAAUGAGGGAGGAAGAAAUCGAGAAGCUCAGAGGCGUAGUCAGGGACUGCGUGAGCAAGCAUUUGUACUCGUCCGCCAUCUUCUUCGCCGACAAAGUCGCCGCGUUCACUGAGGACCCAGCCGACAUUUAUAUGCAGGCGCAGGCCCUCUUUCUUGGACGUCAUUUUCGUCGGGCAUUUCACCUCCUCAACGCCUCCAAGAUCGUCCUCCGUGACCCUCGGUUUCGGUACCUCGCUGCUAAGUGCCUUGAGGAGUUGAAGGAGUGGGAUCAAUGCCUUGCGAUGCUUGGUGAUGCUAAAGUGGACGAGCAUGGCAAUGUUCUUGAUAAUAAGGAUCAUAGUGGCAUGUACCUCGAAAAAGAUUGUGAGGAUCGUGAGAUUAAUAUAUCUGCAGCAACGUGGUUUUUAAGAGGUAAGGCAUAUGAAGCUUUGGAAAACCGCACUCAGGCUCGACUUUGGUAUAAAGCUGCUAUCAAAGCCGACCCUCUAUGUUAUGAGGCUUUGGAGUGCCUGAUAGAAAGUCACAUGCUGACUUGUGAUGAGGAAUCAAGUCUACUUUCAUCAUUGCAAUUUGGCCCUGAAGAUGGAUGGCUCUCAUCAUUUUAUGCAUGCUUAAUAAAGAAGUAUGACAAAGAAAAUAUCACUGAAGCAAGAUUCAAGGAAUUGGAAAAAGAAAGUUGUAAUUCUAAAAGUUCUGAUCCAUCAUUUAUGCGGACUCUGAAAACCAACACUGAUCUUUUAGCAUGCAAAGCUGAAUACUACCAUCAAUGUGGUGAAUAUCAGAAAUGCUUUGAACUUACCUCUGUUCUGCUUGAAAAAGAUCCCUUCCAUUUAAAAAGUACGUUGGUACAUUUAGCCGCUGCAAUGGAGCUUGGACAUUCAAACGAACUAUAUCUAAUGGCAUCCAACCUGGUCAAGGACUAUCCUCAAAAGGCUUUGUCAUGGUUUGCUGUCGGUUGCUAUUACUAUUGUAUCAAAAAGUAUGCUCAAUCGCGUCAGUAUUUCAGCAAAGCUACAACUCUAGAUGGGACAUUUGCUCCUGCUUGGAUAGGUUAUGGAAAUGCUUAUGCUGCUCAAGAAGAGGGUGAUCAAGCAAUGUCUGCUUAUCGCACUGGUGCUCGGUUAUUUCCAGGGUGUCAUUUACCAACUUUAUACAUUGGGAUGGAAUAUAUGCGAACCCACAGCUUUAAGCUUGCUGAGCAGUUUUUUAUGCAGGCAAAGACAAUUUGUCCAUCAGACCCUCUUGUUUAUAAUGAGCUUGGAGUUGUUGCUUAUGACAUGAAGGAGUACAAUAAAGCUGCAUGGUGGUUUGAGAAAACUUUGGCCUGCAUUCCAUCUCCUUUGAGUGAAAUGUGGGAGCCUACUGUGGUGAAUCUUGCCCAUUCUUACCGAAAGCUAAAGAUGUACCGUGAAGCAAUUACAUACUAUGAGAAAGCACUAGCGUUGUCAACAAGAAGUCUUAGCACUUAUGCCGGUCUUGCAUACACUUACCAUUUGCAGGAUCAUUUUACUGCAGCCAUUACAUACUACCACAAGGCUUUAUGGCUGAAACCAGAUGAUCAGUUCUGCACAGAAAUGUUAAGUUUAGCUCUUAUGGACGAAUGCCAAAAUGGGAUGGACACAAAGGCAGACUUCCGGCAAAAUGAGGUCUUUGUUUAAUCAGCGCUUAUCCUAAUCUUUAUACUACAUCAUGUACAUACAAUAGCUUUUAAAUUUUGUGAAUUAGGUCGGUUGAAACUUAUGUAAUCUUUAAUUUAAUUCUUGUACCAGAGCAGAAUUCAAAAUAUAAAAAUACAAUUCUGCUCUUUUAUUGCUUUCCAAUUAAUCUAUAAUUUGUUUGAGUUUCCUUGCUUA